AUGACGAAAUGGUCAAUCGAGUUAAGUGAGUUCGACAUACAAUAUCAACCAAGGCCCGCUGUCAAGGCCCAGGUGCUUGCUGAUUUCACAGCAGAAAGGUUCUCCGACUCGUCCACUAAGCAAGAUGUAUGGACACUACAUGUUGAUGGAUCAUCUAACGCUGCUGGAGGGGGAGCUGGAUUCAUCCUUUCGGCCCCAGAUGGCAGUGAAACACUUUUCGCACUGAAGCUUGAGUUCACAGCAACCAACAACGAUGCGGAGUAUGAAGCUUUGCUAACAGGCCUGCGCUUGGCAAAAGUAUUAGCGGUGGCACAGAUCAAGGUAUUGAGUGAUUCUCAGCUGGUUUUAGAGCAGCUGAAAGGAGAAUUUGAAGCUAGAGAUCCUCGAAUGAAGAAAUAUCUCGUUAAGGCCCAAGAAUACGAGAAAGCAUUUGUUCGGUUCGACAUAGAACACGUACCAAGGGCAGAAAACAAAAAGGCCGACGCACUCGUGAAAUUGGCCUCGGCGACCGGGGCGGAAUGGAAAGACGCUAUUUAUCUGGAGCGAAUAGGGAAACCAUCAUACGAGGAAGAAAAAGUUAACUUGGUAGAAUCCAAAAUCAACAAGAAUGACUGGAGGGCGCCUUUGUUCCUAUUUCUCCAGGACGGAUCCUUACUAGAAGACAACAAGGAAACUCGAAAAAUAAGAAGGAAAGCGGCAAGGUAUACGCUGAUAGGCCGGGAGCUGUAUAGACGAUCUCUAACACUGCCCUACCUUCGUUGUCUAAACAAUGAGGAAGGGACAUACGUACUAAGAGAAAUUCACGAAGGAGUGUGUGGAAACCACCUUACCAGUAGGGCCCUAGCCCACAAAGCCAUGUGGCAGGGGUUUUACUGGCCUACAAUGAAGAAAGACGCGGUGGAGCUCGCCAAGAAAUGCAACAGAUGUCAACGAUGUGCAUCUGUGCCACACGUACCCUCUAAUUUACUGUUCCCUUUAACCAGUCCCUGCCCCUUCGCACAGUGGGGAAUAGACAUCCUUGGACCUCUACCGCAGGCGACAGUGGUUUGCUGCUAUGGCAUCCCCUGGGUGAUAGUUACAGACCACAGGAAGCAGUUCAACAACGACCGCUUCAAAAAGUUCUGUUCGGACCUAUCUAUUAAGCUCCUCUUCACGUUAGUGGCGCACCCCCAGAGCAAUGGACAGGUAGAGAACAUGAAUCGGACGAUACUGCAUGGACUGAGGACGCGACUCGAAUCCAUGCAAGGUAGGUGGGCAGAGGAACUCCCUUCCCUUAUAUGGGCGUACCACACCACCAAGAGAGUAGCAACAGGGGAAACCCCUUUCAUGCUUGUUGUUGGCGUUGAGGCAGUCCUCCCAGCAGAGGUAGGGAUACCCUCUUGGCGAAGGCAGUACUUCAAUGAGCAGACCAACAAUGAGGAACUCAGAUCAGAAAUAGACCUGCUAAAAGAGAGGCAGGAUUAG